AUGAAAUCUGUAGCUAAUUCUGUUAAAUUUUAUUCAAAGUGCAUUUUAAGGCAUAGAUUUUAUAUAGAAAUUUCCCAUAGAUGGCGCAGUUUGCCCUUGAUUUGCCCACUGUGAAAAUUUUUUGGUUCGACCAGUACCAUAUGGUUUGGUCAAACCAAAAAAUUUUUUCAGUGGGCAAAUCAAGGGCAAACUGCGCCAUCUAUGGGAAAAUUCUAUAAAUUAAAUAAAUAUAUGAUUCCAAUUUUUGCGAAUUUGGUUUUUCUAAAUUUCGAAAAAAAUUCUAUAAAAUUUUAA